AUGGCGAUGAUGAUGAGAUUGGAAGAUCAUUUGAGAAAGAAGAAGUUGGUUGACGAUUCCUUUAACCAAAUUGUGGCAGAGGUUAAAGCACUGGCAAGAGACCCAGCAGACCCAGAAGAAGUAUCCAAACUGCUGACAGAAAGAGUUGUGUUUGAUCUCAUUCAUGAAUUGCAAAGAAAAUCCAAGGAAGGACAACAAUCGAAUGUUUCGAUUUCGAACGAGAGAGAACGCAUGGAAGCCCAAGUUGUGAUCAAGAAGAGGAAGGUGGUUAGCACAGAGACUAAAUAUAAUUACAUUGAUGAAAAAGUUGAUAUUGCUAGAAAUUAUCUUGAGAAAAUUAAGAAGCGAGGUUUCGAAAGCAGGAAAAGGAAACAUGGGGAUGAUUAUGGUGAUGAAGAUGAAGCUAGCAAGUUGAUACUGACGAAGAAGAAGAAGCAGAAUAAGGAGAAGGCCAAGAAAGCAGAGAGCAAGGGAUCAUCUCUACCAUCAAAACCCUCUACAACGCCUGACGCGCCUCCUAUAGAAUUGAAGAAGAUGAUUGAAUCCAUGAAUGGUCACCACUUGCAAUUUGUGAUGUAUAAGAUAAUUCAUCCUACUGAUUUGAAUCCGCACCAUGACCGUCUCUCGAUGCCAAAGAAUCAACUGUCUAACAAAAAGUUUCUGGGUAAAGAACUCAAGCAAAAAUUGAAAGGCGGUGGAUUAUUAGAAGUGAAAGUAAUAGAUCCGUGUUUAACAGAGUACGAAUUAAGGAUGAAGAGGUGGGUCUUUAAAAACAACUAUUCCUAUGUGUUAAACAGUGGCUGGUCCAAGAUUUUUACAGAUAAGACUAAUAACCUCAAGGCAAAGGAUAUGCUUCAGGUGUGGACAUUUCGAGUUUCCGAUCCCAAUCUUGUCGACCAAGAACGCAUCUGCUUCGCACUUGUUAAGCAUAAAGAUGUUAAAGAUCCCCAGGAAGCUAUUGGAUCAUCGUCGUCCAUGAGCAAGAAAGAAGAAGGGAAAGAAGAUGUUAAUGGUGGUACUGACAGAAUGGAAACUGUUGGAACGUCGAUGAGCAAGAAAGAAGAUGUUAAUGGUAGCAUUGCCCGCGGCGAUGAAGCUAAUGAAUCAUCCACGGCCAAGAACCAAUCUGAGUUUGGAGCCAGGAAACAUAUCACAAUCAAGUUUAGAAACAUAACAUUUGCAAAAAUUGAGGCUGCUGUUCCUGUUGUAUGA